UUAGAACUACCACAUGCUACUAACCAGAGCGAUAUUACCACAGAGCUCAGCGCGAGCAUCAAGCGGGAGAAAAUCGUAGAGAUAUGCGAGGGCUGCGGCCAGAAGAUCCAGGACCGGUACCUGAUGCGCGUGGGCGAGCUGUCCUGGCACGAGCACUGCCUCAGCUGCUGCGUGUGCGGCUGCCCGCUGGCGCACACGUGCUACACGCGCAACGCCAAGCUCUACUGCAAGCCCGACUACGAUAGAUUAUUCGGAGUCAAAUGCACCCGAUGCGGCGACCGGCUCCUGCCUCAGGAGAUGGUCAUGCGCGCCCAGCAGUACGUGUUCCACAUACAAUGCUUCGUGUGCGUCAUGUGCUGCCAACCACUGCAGAAAGGCGAACAGUACGUCAUCCGAGCGGGACAGAUAUUCUGCCGACAGGAUUUCGAAAAGGAAAUGUAUUUGAUGCAACACGCAGAAGAUGACAUGAUAUUAGAUGAUUCUGAGCGGCCGCGCGACGGCAGGCGAGGCCCCAAGCGUCCGCGGACGAUACUCACUUCUGCACAACGCAGACAGUUCAAAGCUUCAUUUGAAGUCAGCCCAAAGCCUUGCAGGAAAGUAAGGGAAGCGCUAGCGAAAGACACGGGACUCAGCGUCCGAGUUGUGCAAGUGUGGUUCCAAAAUCAAAGGGCUAAAAUGAAGAAGAUUCAGAGGAAAGCCAAACAAGAAGGUGAGAAGAAUACGGAAAAAGAAAAAGAUAAAGACGAGAAGAGCAUCAAGCAAGAAUCCCCCUCGAGCGAGCACGGGAACUACCUGGGGCUGGACGGCGCGUACUCCGCCUCCAGCCAGCCGCUCAACCCCAACCUGCCGUACUCACCCGACGAUUACCCCGCUCACUCGGGCGAUAGCUUCUGCAGCUCGGACAUCUCGCUGGACGGCAGUAACUUCGACCAGCUGGACGAGGGCGCGUCUGACACCAUGAGCCUGCAGAACCUGGAGGUGCAGCACCACGCGCACCAGCACGGCGGGCACGGCGCGCACGAGCCACUCAACCUCGGCACCGGCUCCGUCGUCAACCCGAUAGACAAGCUCUACCUAAUGCAGAACUCCUACUUCAGCACUGAUCAUUGACUCGGCCCGGCCCGGCCGCCCGCCCCGCGACCGUGCCGGACGACCGUCUUCACCGAGACUAUUACGAGCAGCACCAGCUCCUAUGCUGACACGAUCACCCCGAUUUCCUCUCACUUCGUUGAUCCGUUCUUGUUACAGUGAAUGUUUACAGGUGUAACUUUUAAUGUUCCGUAGUCAAUUGUUGUAUUAUUCUCACUCAAACAGUUUGCCCUAACUAAACAAUAUAUUACACUAGUUAUAUCAAAAGUAGUCAAUGUCCGUUUUGUUCACGUUUUAUCUCAAAUAUCGUCAUUUACAAGUAUAUUACUUAGAUUAGAAUUUUAUUGGCUGCAUUUAUUCUAAAAUAGAUUUAAUAUUGUAUAUAUUGUACAGAAAGGCACUAAAAAUUAAGAUAAACUAUGGAUUAUAUUCGGCCGGGUUUUGGGAAUAGUAUCUCUGUAGACGAUUUAGUUCUCUAUAGUUGCUGUAACCAGAAUGUAGUUAGAUUUCGAAAUGUACAUAAUAGAAAUUGUAUUUCUUAAAAACGUAGUGGAUGUCUAAAUAUGAAGGCGGUAUAUUGUAUGCCAACUCUGAAUAUGUGAAGCGCAUCCCGGUGUUGUAGAUAAGUGUAGCACACUUCGAUUAAAUCAGAUAUGUGUUGUUGUAAUCAAUGUAUGUGUUUCUGAAUCAAAAUAUUGUAUUUAAAUAUAUCGAUUAACUUAACACCCGUUCCACAGUUAUAGAUGUUGUACGUUAAAUAUAUUUACAGUAGUUAUGCCCUAACUGCAGAUUGACCUACAGGCAAUUCUAGUCACGUUAGUAUUAUUUUAUUAAGUAAUUCUAAUAGUUCAAUAUAAUAGUUGUUGGUUUUCUGUAUUAUACGAAAGUCAGUAUCCUUUAAAUGUUUAAUGUGUAAGUACAAUCGAAAGCCGAACGAACGUCUAGUCAAGGAACUUGUUACGCCCUCACAACCACGACAUGCAAACAUCUGUAUGGACAUGUAUCAUUAGUUGAUUCGGUAAUUUUAUAAAUUGAUGUAAAUUAAAAACAUUAUAAAUAUCA